AGAGUUCUCAUUCAUCAUGGCGCCCAGUUGACGGUUAGAGACCAAUGGGGGCAGACACCACUGAUGUACAGUGUGGCUAUUCAGUUCCCAGAAAUAGCAAAGACACUUCUUGAUGCUGACGCAGAACUGGUCAAGUGCCAAGACAAGUUUGGCAAGUCUCCAUUACACUGCGCUGUGGAGUCUGGGAAUGAAGAGAUGGCUCAGCUCCUCCUGGAUUAUGGGGCUGAUGUGAACAUUAGAUGCCAUGAAGGAUUAACUCCCCUCAUGAUGUGUUGUAUGCAGGAUUUAGAAGGGAUUAGAGCAGGUGUGAUGAAGACACUUCUAAAGGAGGGGGCGUUGGUGGAUUUGAAAGAUUACAGGGGAAAAAGAACGGCUUUACAUGUUGCCAUAGUUUCAGGAAAUGUGCAAGCAGUAGAAACAUUGAUAGCCUUUGGUGCCGACAUCAAUGAAAUUGACAAAACACUGCGAACGCCACUCACCCUAGCCCUGUUCUCUGGAGUUCGAGGCCCAGUUAUCAAUGAACAUUUUAAAAGGAUUAUAACUUUGCUUGUUUCUGCUGGGGCGGAUUUAAAUAUUAAAGUUUGUGAGAGUUGCAACCCUUUGAUAUCUGCUGCUCUGUUAAAAUCAGAUGAAAUGGUGCGUUACUUCUUAUCACUUGGAGCUGAUGGUAACACUAGAUUUCCAUCGGGUGUGACCCCAUCCCUCGUGUGUGCCAGCACUGGAGACCUCCCAACACUGAAGACACUUGUCUACUACAACUGUGACCUCACAAUCAAAGGCAACGUGUACAAGCGAAGGCGGAGGAUCGAAUACAUAUUAGACCCAUUCGAGCUUGCGUACAUGGAGGGUUACCUAGAUCUCUGUAAGCUUAUGGUGAAAGCUGGGUAUCCUCUACAUAGAAAACGCACAAUGUUCCUGAAUGAUUUAUUACAAUCAGCGGAGAGCACUGCCACAAAUUCAGAUACAACAAUGAUAACGCUAAAAAAUGCACAGAAUCUGCCUUAUGACUAUGAAACAACUUUGCAGUGGUUUGUUAAGUUGGCAAGUAAUGCUCGAACGCUUCAGGAAGAAGCAACUGUUGUGAUAAGGAAAAGUCUAGGGGACAGACUGGUUGCUGGGGUUGGUCAGCUUCCUCUACCCCAAUGUGUGAGGAAUGCAAUACUUAUGACAAGUAUUCUGUCCUGAAGUACAGAUGGGGAUGGCCUUGAUUACUUUGGAAAAAUUUUGGAUGAACCCCAUUUAAGACUGGUAUUUACAGUGGAACGCUUUAUUUUAGGUAAUGUUAAAAUGCUUAGUCUUGAAAAACAACCUGGAACAUGCUUAAUUUUUCUAGACAUGGAUAGUAUAUAUGUCACAAGUGCAAAAC